UCACUUCCGGUGGGCUCUUUGCUGCUUCCGGGUCGGCGGCGUCCUCUGCCUUGUGGCCGCUUCCGGACUCACCGGUGGGAGACGGAGCGACGGGAGCCGCCCGGAAAGGGGCGGCGGCGGGCACCCACCAUGCGGCUCUACAGCCUAAGUGUCCUUUACAAAGGCGACCCCAAAGUGCACUUGCUGAAGGCAGCCUACGAUGUGUCCUCCUUCGGCUUCUUCCAGCGCUCCAGUGUGCAGGAGUUUAUGACCUUCACAAGCCAGCUGAUUGUGGAGCGCUCUGACCUGGGCACCAGAGCCUCUGUGAAGGAGCAAGAAUACCUGUGCCAUGUGUAUGUGCGGAGUGAUGGGCUGGCCGGUGUGGUUGUGGCUGACAGUGAGUACCCACCGCGAGUCUGCUUCACCCUGCUGGACAAGGUGCUGGAUGAGUUCUCCAGACAGGUCAGCAGGAUAGACUGGCCCUCGGGUUCCCCCACCACUAUCAAUUACACAGCCUUGGACAGUUACCUCAGUCGAUACCAGAACCCCCGCGAAGCAGAUGCUAUGACGAAAGUGCAAGCAGAACUGGACGAGACUAAAAUCAUCCUGCACAACACCAUGGAGUCUCUGCUGGAUCGCGGGGAGAAGCUGGACGACCUGGUGUCCAAAUCGGAAGUGCUAGGGGCCCAGUCAAAAGCCUUCUACAAGACUGCUCGCAAGCAGAACUCGUGCUGCAAGAUCAUGUGACUGGGCCGCCCACCAACCACUCCAGACCAUCAGGCCUUCAUCCGCAGUCGCAACAUGGGACGUAGCAGCAGAGACACUCCUAAUGCCCCCAGCCCGUGGGGCCUGUUGAGGGACUGGGUAGGGCCAUCACUAUGCACCAAUGCCUGCCCGUUUACACAGUCUCCUUUAAUGGGCCAGCUGGGCCUCCUAGGUCCAAUCUCUUCAAAACCUGAGCUCAGCCCUGGACUGUGCUCUGCUCCUUGCUUCCAUGCGUAACACUACAGUGAAUCCCUGCUGGAGUAGCCCCUUGCCCGCAGGAGGCGGCUGUGAGCUCUGGGUUCCCCAUUCUACUUCUGGUCCCAAGUGCAGCUGGUGCCAUGUUCAGCCUCUGACCUGUUCUCCAGUGACUGAACCCUCAUGGCAGGGGAGUUUGUCAAGUGAGGGGGGGAUGGGAGGGCAGGGGAUGCCUUGGAGGAGCUGAGAAUCAAGUGCUGUGUUUUGUGGGUAGCAUCUGUCCUUUGGGGGUGGUGGGGGAGGGGUGAUGUUUACUUUGGAGUCGGGCUGGCCACACCGAGCCCGCUCCUCUGGAAUAUAAGCCCUGUGGCUCAGUGGGGUCCCUGCCCAGGGUAGGGUGCUAGGUGGGGCUCUCUGCAGGGAGGUAUCUGUGCGCCUUUGCAGUGAGGUGAUCAGAGCACGGCAGUGAUGCCCCCAAGCUGGGACAGGCCCAUGGGUGCAGAGCAGACUGCCAAACUACAAGCUGGGCACAGGAAGGAGAAGCGGUUCCUAGUGGGUGUCUUAUGUUGCUUUUGCUCUCCUUCAGUAACAAGCUAUUGGGUGACUUGUCCUUCAGCCGUGUGUGUGUGUGUGUGUGUGUGUGUGUGUGUGUGUGUGUGUGUGUAUGUAUCUCUGUCUGUGGCACAGUGCCCACCCUCUAACCAGGGAGCCCCAUUCAGGCUGCACCCCCUCACCCAUGGGGAGUGCUGCUAUGCCUCCCAGCCAGCUGCUUAAUGCUGCAGCCAGUGCCAGGUGUGUGCAGUGUCCUGUGUCCCCCACCACUUGUGGUGUCUCAUGUAGUGGUCUGUGGGCCCUGAGCAGCCCCCAGCUGCAGGAGGGGGAGGGCCCUAGGUAUGUGCAAGUCCCUGCUGUUUGUGUCCCUUCUCUCUCCCCAGGCAGAAGUCCCAGCCCCUCUCCCUUAUCUGCUGCUCUUCAGAGCAGAGGCGACUGCAGAUGUGAAUGUGCUCAGUUCCCCAUCAGCUGGACCCGGUCUCCACCUGUGCCCCACCUGGCAGAUCACUGGCAGGGAGCUCCAAGCUGGUGCCCUGGGGAGGGGAGCAGAGCCCUGGGCCAGAAGACAGGUACCUAGAGUGGGGAACUCCAGCCAGUGCCCUGCUUUGCAUGGUCAUCUGCCUCUGCCAUGGGGUUUGGACACCACAUUCCUGAGCUGAGCUGAGCUGAGAUUGGGGGCAGCUCUGCCCUGCAGGGGAAGGUGCUCUGGUGCGAGAUCACAUGUGGCUGCUGGCAGAGGUCGCUGCCACUAAUGGACUUGACACCAGGCCCUCUGCCCAGCCUGGGGGCCAUCACUGAUACCUCCUGCUGGGUCACUGCAGAGCACAGAGAUGGCAGGGCUGUGCCAGCCUGGCACAUAGGGCUUGUCUCAGAAAUGGCCUGUGUGCUGGGUGGGAAUGGGGGCCUGGUCCCUGUAGAGCCAUGGCUUUGAAGAAGUGGUCAGGUCAGGCAGCCCUGUCCCUUGGCUUACAUGUGCUCUACCCCCCAGGCUGGGCAGAAGCCAGGGGCUGGUAAGACUCCAGGUCACAGGGUAGGGAGGACAGGUUGAGGGGUCACUUGGCUGCUCUAACUCAGCCAUGUGAUGUCAGUCUGGUCGCAGGUCUGUCCUGAUGCCAGGCCACAUCUGAGGCCUGUAGCACCUGGAUCUCCUGCAGCUGCCUCUGUGCUCCUGCCCUGCCCCUUUGACUAGGGCCUGCUGCCCCCUCCAUGCUAGCCCCCAACUCUGAGCCAUCUGGGCAGGGGGUGGUGCUGGGCUGCAGGAAGCCUGGUCUGCUCUGAGCUCCAGUAGUGGUGCCCUGCUGGAGUCUCUGCCUCGGUCUCUCCCCGUUCUCUCCCAGUCUCUUUGUGUUUCUAACAGAAGCUUUUGCUUCUGAGGGCAGAGAUGAUAUUUUAAUAAACAUUGCCUCCCUUUUCUGUGCA